ACAAUGAGUUGAGUUGUGAGAUACGUUAUCCAAACCCAAACCCCAUUCCUUCCUUGUUUGAAAAGUAUCGUGCGCUAAAGAAUCUCCAAACUUGAAUCAAAUAAAACUGCUUUUGCUUCCUAUUUAUAUAUUAUCGAAAUUUGCAAUCACAUACAGACACACAGAAACCAGAGAUGGGUUCGGUCGAGGAUGAUAGAUCGCUCAUAGAAGAUGGUCUUUUGCAGAAUGAAAGUGGCAAGGAGUACACAGGAGAUGGCUCAGUUGACUUUCACGGAAAGCCUGUUUUGAAGCAGAAUACUGGAAAUUGGAGAGCAUGCCCCUUCAUUUUAGGUACUGAGGGUUGCGAACGUCUUGCCUACUAUGGGAUUGCCACUAAUCUUGUUACUUAUCUUACCAACAAACUACAUGAAGGAAAUGUUUCCGCUGCAACAAGUGUUACUACAUGGCAAGGCACUUGCUAUCUUACACCCCUCAUUGGGGCUGUCUUAGCAGAUGCUUAUUGGGGAAGAUAUUGGACAAUUGCUGCUUUCUCCACAAUUUACUUCAUUGGAAUGUGUACAUUGACACUAUCAGCAACUGUUCCUGGAUUGAGACCUUCUGAAUGUGUGGGUUCUGUAUGCCCGUCAGCUACUCCAGCUCAGUACGUAGUCUUCUUCUUAGGGCUCUAUCUGAUUGCUUUGGGGACUGGUGGGAUCAAACCUUGUGUUUCAUCAUUUGGUGCAGAUCAGUUUGAUGAUACUGAUCCUAAGGAAAGGGUAAAGAAGGGAUCCUUCUUCAACUGGUUUUAUUUUUCCAUCAACAUUGGUGCUCUUAUAUCUAGUAGUUUUCUGGUUUGGAUUCAAGACAAUGCUGGGUGGGGUCUAGGAUUUGGCAUUCCUGCUGUGUUUAUGGGAAUUGCCAUAGCAAGUUUCUUUUCUGGCACUUCCCUUUAUAGAUUUCAGAGACCAGGUGGAAGUCCUCUUACACGAAUGUGCCAGGUUUUGGUUGCAUCAUUCCAUAAAAGGGAUGUGGUGGUCCCUGAAGACUAUGCUCUUUUGUAUGAAACACAAGACAAAAAUUCUGCCAUUGAAGGAAGUCGGAAACUGGAGCACACUGAUGAAUUGAAGUGCCUUGAUAAAGCCGCUGUAGUGUCAGAUGCUGAGAGCAAAAGUGAGGAAUUCUCCAAUCCAUGGAGGCUUUGCACCGUAACACAGGUGGAAGAAUUGAAGAUUUUGAUCCGCAUGUUUCCAAUCUGGGCUACUGGAAUUGUCUUUUCUGCUGUUUAUGCCCAGAUGUCUACAAUGUUUGUGGAGCAAGGAACGGUGAUGGACACAAGCAUUGGUUCUUUCACCAUUCCCGCAGCCUCUCUCUCAUCCUUUGAUGUCAUCAGUGUUAUUUUUUGGGUCCCCAUGUAUGAUAGGGUAAUUGUCCCAAUUGCAAGGAAAUUUACUGGCAAGGAGCGAGGCUUCUCAGAGCUGCAGCGAAUGGGAGUUGGCCUCUUUAUUUCUGUCCUCUGCAUGUCGGCUGCCGCUUUGGUAGAGAUUAAGCGGUUGCAGCUUGCAAGAGAGCUUGGGUUGGUCGAUGAAGACGUUGCUGUACCACUCAGUAUCUUCUGGCAAAUACCACAGUAUGUCUUGCUGGGUGCUGCAGAGGUAUUUACAUUUAUAGGGCAGCUUGAGUUCUUCUAUGACCAAUCUCCAGACGCCAUGCGGAGUUUGUGCAGUGCGUUGUCACUUUUGACAACUUCAUUGGGGAACUACCUCAGCGCUUUGAUUUUGACAAUAGUAACUUACCUCACAACACAGGGUGGGAGCACUGGAUGGAUCCCGGAUAAUUUGAACGAGGGUCAUCUUGAUUACUUUUUCUGGCUUUUGGCCGGACUUAGCUUCUUAAAUAUGUUGGUAUAUGUUGUCUGUGCUAAGAGGUACAAGAAGAAGAAGGCUUCUUAAGGAUUCUCUGAGAAGGUCUCAGUUCUAAAAAUUAUUUACACAAAGUGUUUGUAGAAGAUGGCGUGAUAGUCAUUUCUUAAAAGGACUCUGUAAAAAAUGGUCUGUAUAUAACUUUACGCUAUCUGCAUUCAUAUAUCUCUUUCCAGGUUUCACGGAUAUUGAUUGUUUUACAUUGCGUUAAA